ACGUAAAGCCUCCGGUUGAGGAUCGUAGGAGGGGAUCGUUUUAAGGCGUUCAGACUCUAUUUGAACUGGCAUUAUCAUUUAAUAAACAAACCAAACGUCAGAAUUGCUCACUUAUUCUUUGGAUUUCGUCACGGCGUGGUAUAAAUUAACUGACUAUGACGAUUGAUCACAUACUUUUUUUGCACAAAGACAAGAGUUGACCAAAACAACGGAAUACUGAUUUUUCUGAGGCAAUUUAAGAUAUUUCUCACUGUUUUAAGGCGAUGUGCCUUCCCUGGAGAUGCAGAGACCUUAUCGCAUUAUUCAUCAUUUUAACGUCCGUCGUCUGCGAGGAUCAGUUAGAUAAUGCUGGAAAGAUGUAUCCACGUGGGAACCACUGGGCAGUAGGGCACCUGAUGGGCAAGAAGAGCACAGAUAAUCUGAUUGAGUCUCAGGAGAGGGACAGAGACAUGGGGCAGUUUGUUGCAUCACCAACUGGAGGCAGAGAAUUGGACAGAACACUGGGGCCAUCCUCUCCCUUCUGGGUUUUGUUCAGAACCUUACUGGCCCCAGAACAGGAUGAGGUGCCAGUAAGCCAAACCUUAAAGCAAGUCCAGAACAUUCUGGAAGAAAGAAGGCGGACGGUGGAACAACGGGAGCUACACAGACAUCUAAAAGAGGUGGCAGACCUGUUGUUACAGGCUUUGAUAAUAGGGGAAAGCAGCUCCAGCUAGAUACCAGCUCCAGGACUUGCCUUGAUGCACCAGACAUUGUGUGGUUUCAGACGUUUUCUUUGGAAACAGCACCUCCUUGUAGCCAAGCAUAACAUAUUCAAUUAUAAUAUAACAUAUAAUAUUUUAGGCUGAUUGUAUGUAUUACAUAAAUAAAGUCCAAUGUUGUAUUUUUGUAUCUGAAUCCCUUCCUGUCAACAAUCACUAUACUUACUGUUUUAUUUGAAUUUACCAACCUGCAUUAACUCACAACUUAUAAUUGUGUGUCUUUAUUAAGGUAAAUCUCAAUAAAGCUGUUAUUAU